AUAAAUAAGAAAAGAUAAAUCUUGAAAUCUUGAACUAUGGCUCAACCAAACCAUCUUGAACCAUUAUUGAACGGCCUCGAAAACCCCAUGUCUAGCUGUCGAUCUGUCCAUCGGAUUUCCAAGUUCCCGAAGUUACCCCAUUGAAUCAAGUGAGUCUAGCGUGCGAGCCGACAUUCACCUGGCCAAAGCUGACGACCACAAUCCAGAGAAAGUGAACCCGCUCAAACGAGAUAAGACCCUAAUCCCUGGGGCCGCCGACCAUGUCCCAUCCCCGCCCUAAUCUGGGUUAGGUCCGUUGGGAACCUUGCCUGCGAUUCAACAUGCCACUGCCGGAGGUCAUGAAGCCAAGCUUGAGCCCGAACUCGUCCGGAGGCGGUGCUUCGUCCAGCUCGUCGUCCCUCAAAGAGAAGCUGGAUUUCUUCAAACGCAAAGUGUCCAAUAGCCGGUCCGGACCCGCUCCUCCCGUGGAAGAGACGCCCGUGGUCCCGCCCUUGGGUGAGCUGGAGCCGCCUGAGGCCCAUGGGGCGGAGCUUCUGGCGGAUGAAGAGGUGUUUCUGUCGGCCUGUUCCUCGCUUUCACGGUCUUUGAUCCAGUUCUUGCAAGAUCAAAAUGCGAUGGGAUACUUCGUACCCUAUCUGGAAGCGCGAGAUGCGCUCAAUCUGGUCAAAUUCUGGAUGGAUGUCCAAGGUUUCAAGGCCAUGGCCCUGCCCGGGAUGAAGGCUCCAGUUCAGGCGACCGAAUCUUCCCCUGUCCCUAACCAUUUACCCACCGAAGGCAGUGUUGAUUCGGGUUAUGAGGCGUGUCCUCCCUCCACUCCCUUGGCCGAUUCCGUCUCCCUUCAUAGUAACAGUACCCAUCCGCCGGAGGAGGAGGAGCACCCGUGGCGGGUGCGGACGCAGGAUGCGGUCGAGAUCUAUCAGCGAUACAUAGCGCCCAAUUGUCCGUUCCCCAUUCCGCUUUCGAGUGAAGUGCGGCAAGAGAUUGUGCAGGGGAUUUGCACCGAGACGGGUUUGACCGGCUUUGACUGCUUCCAACCCGCCGAGAACUACAUCUGUGACCUUUUGGAGCGGGAAUAUUAUGGCGAUUUCUUGCGCAGCGAUUGCCAUGCCAAGUAUCAGGUGGAUGUGCUCACUUCGGGCAAUGUCCGGAUGACGGACAUUCUCCACGAUGACACGCUCCUCUUUCACUUCAUGGAGUUCAUGGACAGUAUUGGCCAUCGGGACCUCUUGGAGUUCUGGAUGGCCGCGAAUAACUUCCGUCAGAACCACGAUCAUGGCGAGCAUUUGGAAGGUGAUGCCUUAGUCAUCUAUGAGCGGUUCAUCUCCAUGCAAGCCACAUCCCCUUUAGGUUUAAGCAAUCCCAUUCGAAGUCGAAUUGAAGAAGCAAUCUGCAGUGAAAGCGGUAUUCAGUCCAAUUGCUUUGACCCAGCCCUAAUUUUGGUUAUCCAGGCCUUGGAGCGCAAGUUUCUCAAGCCCUUCCUGGAUUCCCCACUCUACCGAAACUACUUGUCAGAACUCCUCUCGAAAAUUCAAACCGGUCCCUAUGCCACCCCUCAAUCAUCCACCAAGAAAAAGAAGCUCUCCUUGUCCGGAUUCCGCCGACGCUCGGGCUCCAAUUCCAGUAUGAGCACCACUUGUUCCUCCAUGAACGAGGUGAACAGUAUUUCCACUCAUAACACUCUGUUAGCCUCGAUGUCCAGGUCCAAGUCAGAUUCUCAUGGACAUAUUUCCAAAGGAGCCUACGCGUCCUCAAUAAGCACGGGUUCGGUCGUGGAUCUGGAUCAACUUUGGCGGCUUCAAAAAAGUGGUGGAGUCCAAAACAUCGGGGAGGUCGAUCGGUUAGGGCGGUAUAAGAGCCGCUAUCAGCCUCUGGUGGAGAACGAAGAGAAAAAACAGACCAUGAGCUCGAAAUUGGGCCGGGCCAUGAAGCGGUUGGUGCACUCGGACAUUGACAAAAUGAAAGAGGAUAUGGCUUGGCAAAUGGCCGAAAUGAUUGUGAAAGAUAUCCUGGAUGUGACCAAGCCGGAUUUGAAUGGUUGUGAUACUAGUGUCUAGGAGGACAAUAAUAAUGACCACGACGACGAUGACAACGUUAAUACUGACCUGACUUGUGAUACCGCAAAUAUGAAGAAAAACUACAGCUCUCCGUCCUGAUGAAUUAUAAACCCGUAUGAAAUAAGUGCCCUAGAAAUCUACUUUUGCAGAUGAGCGAACCCUUCCUUGACUGCGAAGUUUGACGUAGAUGUACUGAGAGAGGAUUGAAACAGUUUUAUCUAUUGCAAAUUGAUGUCAAUGAUGUCAUUUUUAUAAAGAUAUCUAGCCCCCAAGUUAAGUUUUACUUUUAAACGUUCAAUCAUAACGUCAGAUUGCCCUAAUCUAAAUAAUAUCGAAACCCAAUCAUUCCUGAUGAAAUUCAAUUUUCAACGAAGAAUUGGAUCCGAUUUUACCACCAAAUGUCUCAAGAAGAUCAGAAACAGUCCAAUCAAACUAGAAUCAGGUCUAGAAUGCCGUCCCGGAUUGAAAAAGUUAGAUUGUGAUUAAUCCAUGAGCAUAAAAAUGCAAGGCCAUUUAUCAAAAGCUAACACCGUGUUUUGAUCCCGAUCUGUCGAACAUGUGGCUAACAAGUCCAUACCUCUGUCUCACUCUCCUCACUAUUAACAAAGAAGUCUUGGGAGAUUCCUCCACAAAUUGCGUCUACGAUGUGGAUUGCUCGAACGAGUUCCACAUUUGUCAAUAUGGAUCAUGUGUCCCAGAUGUGCCCUGCAGAUUCAAUCUGGAUUGCCAAGACGGCAUCUGCCUCAAAGACCAAUGCGUCUGGAAGCCUUGUCGUUUCAAGGACGAUUGCCUUGAGGGACAAUCUUGUGGAACGGAGAGCAACAUCUGUUCACCUGCCACCUGCCAAAAUCGAUUGGACUGCCCAAGUGGCCAAACUUGUAACCGGGUGAAUCAAUGUGACCGCGUCCAGUGCUGGAAUGAUGGCGAGUGCCCGGUUGAUUUGUCCUGUCAAUAUGGCCAAUGUGUCCCAAUCUCGUGUGUCACAGGCUCUUCGGAUUGCUCUGAAAUGGCCAGAAUUUGUGUUGAUGACCGAUGUGUUCGAAAGUCUUGUCAGCUCGACACGGAUUGCCGAGUUGGCACAGAAUAUUGCCUUGGCUCUUUUUGUGCCAUCGAUCCGGGCUGUCGCUUGUGCUCGAGUGAAAAUGGGACAAACGAAGGAUGGAAUUCGUUCCAGGAAAAUUCGAGGACCGUGGGUUCAGCUUUGGGCAACGUGCAAUUGGAAAAAGAUGAUAAUGAGGGAUGUCAAAGCAGUCAGGUCUGUCAAAAUGAGGUUGGAAUUCUCCACUCUUGUGUUCAAGGCAAAUGCGUGGAACUGAUCUGCGACAAUCAAUCCGAUUGUCCUUCGCAUCAUACUUGCUUCAAAGGGACGUGCAUUUUCCACGGAACUUGUCUGUUGAGCAAUGACUGCCAUCCUCAAGCCAUUUGCACCAAAGGUCAUUGCCACUUCAGUCAUUGCAAUCUCCACACCGAUUGCUCAAAAGGGUUCUUGUGCUCACAAGAGUUCCAAUGUGUUCCAAACAAAUGCCAAACCAAGCAGGAUUGUCCCGCAAAUUUUGUGUGCCACGAAAAUGGCCAUUGUGAAAAUGGCGGGUGUGCAGACGAGGCCGAUUGUGCUCCCAUCGGAGAUUGCAUUGAAGGCCACUGUCAGGAGAUAAGUUGUACGGAUGAUGGCCAAUGUCAAGCUCAUCGAUUUUGUUUGGAAGGCUUCUGUACUUUGGGCCCAUGUCAAGAUGUACGUGAAUGCCAAGACGAGGAAGUCUGUCUUAGAGGAUAUUGUGUUCCAGACCCCUUAUGUAUUUGUCCUAAAACCUCAGAAGACAAAGAUGCUAACUACAAACACUAUCGUCAGUCACUUCAAGAGGUCGAGGAAGCCCUUGAAUCUCAGCCCCAAUUUCUGCUCUAACAGCCUCAGUUGUUCAUUGGAGCUCUUCUGCAGACCAAUUGAAAGAUUCAAAACCAACCCGAGGGUGGAUUAAAAGUUUGAAUUAUAUGACCCUGAUCUGCUCAA